AAGAACGACGUUGGAAGAGAGUUCGAGGACGACAAGGAUGCAGGUAUGAUGUGUCCGUAUCUGGACGUCCUAGCCGAAGUGCUGAGCACGGCUGUUGUAACACCAUACCCGAUCGGGACAAGAUAUCAGAUCUCGGCUUGCACAUGUGGCGGGCUGGAGCUGGUACGCACUAACGGGAUAGAAGGGAACGGAUGUCCCGCCAUCUUAAUACACUAAACGAUCUAAAGGGCUCAGAAUAGCCAAUCAUUUACUCACGAUUCUCCACAGUGCAUAGGGGGAGAAUCAGUGGUUCCCAGGAUCCGGGACACACCCCAACCAUUCUCAUGGCAGUUGACACUGAAGCAGAUGUUGGCUAGGCGGCUGUAGAGUACAUGUUGGAAUGUCCCGCAGACAGGUCUAGCAGAAUACCAUUCGAAGCCUCAAGGAUCGCUUGACAGUAUGGCAAACCCUAUCGACACGGACCAUUCUUCCAGUCGACACGAUCGGUCGACUUGUCUGUUUCCUUCGUCCAGCACGGAUGAGGCAGCAGAGGGAAGGAGAUGGAUCGAAUCUGAAUUGAUAAGUGCUGGAGACUCAAUAGCAACAGAUGUCACGAGUCGUGCUAUAGCAGCAACAAUCCAGGCGGCCUGGGCUUUGACAUUACAAUGCUUCAUUGUUGCUGAUGUGCUUUGUUUUGGUUACAGUGGCCCGUCUGGUGCCAGUGCCGACGCUGCAGACAAGCAUGAUGCUGGCACCUUCGCAACUUUGUAUGUCAUGAAACUAGAUCGCAGCGAACCUGUGCGGUCCUUCAUACAGAGGCUUCAACAAACUCAUCAGUCGUCCCUUACGACGACUGGUCCAGCUGGCUUUGAGAUCACUCUUGUCGAAGCAGACACAGAUCAGCAUAAAUCCAAUACAGCCAUCUCUUUCAAUGUAGGCGAAGAGGAGGUCAGGAAUGGUACAGCAACACGAUUUGCGCACCAAGAGAUUGACCUGAGUGUCAUCAUAACCAAGUUGCCGGACAAUGGCUUGAGAGUUCAGCUCGACUAUAAGCUAUCUCACACCGACGAGGGUAUGGCCGCAAGUGUCCUACGCACUUUUCAGCAUAUCUUCAACCAGAUACUGACUGCUCCUGCGACGCUUCUGAUUCAUAACGUCAACCUUUGCCCGUCCUGGGACCGACAACACAUCCAGAAGUUCACAAGCAAUGUUUCUCCUGUCAAGCGCGAAUGUCUCCAUGACUUGAUCGUCGAUACAUGUAAACAGCGACCAGACCAAAUCGCAAUUCGUUCAUGGGAUGGAGACAUGACAUACGGAGAGCUCGAUGAUCUUUCCUCGAGACUUGCUUCUCACCUUGUUCAACUUGGUGUCCGUCCCGAGACGUUUGUUCUUAGCUGUUUCGAGAAGUCGACGUGGGCUAUUGUUGCUCGACUUGCUAUAUUGAGAGCUGGCGGGGCGUACAUCUCCAUCCAUGCGAGCAAUCCUCCCAUAUACCUCGAAUCAGUCAUCAAUCGCACCAAGACUUCGAUCCUUCUCACCGACUCGCACUUUGUAAACCAAUUCCGCAACACGGUACCUACGGUAGUCGAACUGUCUCCUGAAUGGCUUCGAAGUUUACCAGCUACCACCAAAUUUCCAAUCUGCCCGGACAUCCAGCCCGACAACGCCUGUCUCGUGCUUUUCACGUCCGGCAGCACCGGCACUCCCAAAGGCAUCGUUCAGAUCCAUUCCUCAUACGUUACCGCCAUCCAGGACUACUCCCGUAACCUCAAGCUCGGCGCCCACACGCGCUUCCUGCAAUUCGACGACUACGCCUUUGACAUCUCCAAUCUUGAGUUUCUUGUCCCUCUUAUCAUCGGCGGCACCGCCUGCGUCCCGGCGCCGAUGCGCACCGUCGAAGACCUCGCCAGUCAAAUCCGCAUCCUCGACGCUAACACAAUCUUCCUCACCCCGACCGUCGCCAUCCGCCUGAACCCCUCCGACGUGCCCGGCCUCAAACUCAUGUGCGUCGGCGGCGAGCCGCUCCCCAAAGACCUCGUCCGCAAAUGGGCCUCGCACGACACCCAUCUCGUCAACCAGUACGGCAUGGGCGAAGUCGCCAUCUGCUGCGCCUACAACGACGCAAUUGCCCCCAACACCGGCGCCGUCAUCGGCCGGCCCUCCUGCGGCGCAAUCUGGCUCGUCGACCCGGCCUCUCCGGAAUCCCUCCUCCCCAUCGGCGCUGUUGGAGAACUUAUCAUCGAAGGCCCGCAUCUCUCCCGCGGCUACAUCGACACCACCGCUCUCCACCGCUCUGAAGCGGGCUUCCUCAAACUCGUUCCAGCGUGGCGGCGCGACAUUCACCCGCACCGCGCUCCCGCCCGCAUGUACCGCAGCGGCGACCUCGGCCGCCUCGCCGCUGACGGCCGCAUCACAUAUCUCGGUCGCAAAGACACGAUACUUAAAAUCGACGGCUGCCGCGUCGACGCGCUCGAAGUUGAACACCAAGCGCGCCAAUUUCUCGGAGCGGCGGAUGCCGUUGUGGUUGAUUUGCUCGGCAUCAUCAACGGCAAGGCCGACCCCUCACUGACGGCGUUCUUGUAUCUCGACGCACAUCCAGCAAGCUGCGCACCGGUGCCGCGUGCUGCGCCGCUGUUAGCGGAUGCAUUGGAGGAUGCCGGCGUGCGAGCGAAAGUCGAGGAGAUGCAGCGCGGGAUUGCGGCGGCGUUGCCGAGAUAUAUGGUGCCGACGACGUGGGUGCUGAUGAGUUGGGUGCCGCGCACGGCGAGUAAGAAGAUUGAUCGGAAGCGCAUUCAUGUCUUGGGACAGGGAUUCUAUGCCGGCGUGUUGGAGGAGCGGACGAAGGAUAUUGAGUAUAGUCAGCGGAUGCGGGUGUUGCCUAUGUAAGAGUUUAGCUGUAUGGGCGGGAAGAGAGAGGAGAAGUGUAUUAGCAAAAAGCUUUGUUAUGUAGGCAGGGAUAUAUACAUGCCAGUAUAAUAUAGUAUUGUCUCAUCACC